AAAUUAGUUCUAGUGAGUCUGUGAAAGUGUGAGCGACUUCGACUAUCGCACGGCGACGACGGUACACGCGCGAUCAAUUGGCAAACAACCGCAAGCGGAUCAACUGGUCACUCGCCGCUGAGAACUUGCCAAAAAACUCAAAAAGCCCAAAUCACUUCUGCAUCCAAGGAGAACUCAGUCCGGAGCAACUAGACACGUGCAUCAUGUCUCAUCAGUGCAGCUGCGGUCGCGACCUCAACAACAACUACGUCUCGUACACGAGUGCCUACGCCAACACGAACGCCGGAAUGGAUCGCGAGGCCUCGUCAGGCGGCAGCAAGUCCGGGGGUCCUCCGCGCACCCAGCUGACGGCUCAGGUGAUGUUCGGGACGGUGGGCGCCAUCAAGGAGCUGCGCGACAAGGAGCAGCAGCAGCAGCGGCACGCAGCAGUAGCACGAGCGGGCGAGCGGCGCAACUGAGGGUAGCUGGACUUUGGGAGCUUUCAGUGGAUUGCUGCAGCGCCGUUGGAGCACCAUUGGAGGCGGAGGCGAAGGCGCUACGAAUGGCGACGGGGGCGGGGCGGGACGAACGGCCGAUGGAUCGGUCAAGUGCUGUGCUGUGGGUUGUCGGGGAUCUCUGGCUGACUGAAAGGAUCGGGCCGAGUCGGAUGAUUCAGAUGCUGCGGAUAGUUCCAGCAGUUCAUUUGGAUGAGGCUACUAAUGCGGAAUCUGACUCUGAAGACUCGAAAUUUAUAUCUGUUUUUCGAAUUUGUCGGGUCUAUUGAUUGAUUAUAUGUACAUAUAUAGACUCUUCGAACUUCUCGAACCGAUCAGAUAACUAAAGUGAUGUAGUUCGCCCGGUGAUCCGUUCAAAACGAGAUAGCGUUGGUCCUGGUCCCUGGGGUCAGGUUAGAGGCUUCAAAGUGUUUGCAGGGGGCAGGGCCAUCUGUGUGAAUUGGUGGGACGGCCAUCAAGAAUGACAUUCCUUCUCAAAAACAAGAAAUAACUAUCUAAAGCAAGAGAUGUAACGAAAAAAAGAACCACAAAAACAGAUCAUAACUUAGGAAAAGGACAUCACAUAUUUAUAGUAUACUUUGUCAGCCACACUCUCUCUUUCUUUGUCUUUUUUUCGGGCUCCUGUUCCUUCCGCUAAUUAUUUCUAAUCUUCAGCAGAACUCGAAUUUUAUUCGAUGUAAAUUGUUUACCGCAUAUUUAUACAUACUACAUAGUGCAAUACUUUAGCUGAUACAUCCACACAUGCGUAGUCUUAAGUUUGUUUUAUUUUGUAAGCGCACACACACGACACACACACUCAUUCUACAAUGUUGUUUAAUUUUGUUUUGUUGUUCACGCGCUCAGCCAGUUUCGGGCAGCAGUUGGCGGACAGCGGGCCUAGAGACUUCCAGGUGCUGCUGCAGCUCGGAAUGCCAGGCACGUAACUCCACACACACCUACACCUACACUCACACCCCACACCAUAUAAAUAUACUACAACCCUAUAUAUAUGCGUAAUCAUUAAUACCUAUGCAACUGUUAUUAUUUUUAAUAAUCAUACUGUAUAUGCUGGAUGAAAAGAAGAAACCGAAAACGAAACAGAAACUAAAAUUAUUCCUCCAAAUGGGACGUAUUUGCUCAAGUGAUUUUGUUGUUUGUUUACAAAAAUGGAAACAAUGCAUUAAAUGAAAUUUAAACUUAAUUGAAGUGCUGUAAAUGGCAAGAAAACCGAGUUUUAGCAUCAGAGACCUUAGUUUACCCAGAGGCGCACGUAUAGAGAGCACGGCGGAGCAUCUACAAUAUAUUUAUUACGCCUAUAAUACAAUAUAAUAUUAAAUGUAAUACACACACGUCUACUGUACGUCUAUUUAUAGAGCUAAUCCCAACAAUGGCAAAUAAAAAUCGAACUCUUAAUAAACAGAAAUCGAAAACUUC